GAAUUUGGAAGUGCGCUCGGAUUUGGACUUACGGAAUGCGUUCGCGCAGCCACAUUGCGCAGCUCCUCGCACGCACGCACGCAGCGCCAGCAGUGUUGGAUUUCAGCGGUGCUGGACGGGAGUGUACGGUGGACUGCUGCCCGUCGUCCGCGAGCAUAUAAUCCAUUUCUCUGUGUCGCGCACAUCGUCUGAUCUCCGGUGCCCAUCGCGCCCUCCGCGUCGUCGUGAUUACCGCCCACGAUCGUCGGCCCUAGCCUAGUCUGGUGUGGUGAGUGUGUGUGCGCCCGAUACGUACGCGGCGGGCGACGAGCGAGCGUUUUUUUCCCGAGCGUCGGCUGGCUAUUCGCGGCUCGUUCUAUUCGCGGGCGGUGCGGUCCUGUGACCCGUGCCGCGGCCCAUCCGGAGAAGACACCGAGUGCACGCCAGCAGCAGCAGACUCCACGCGCAUCCACUCACAAUGGAGGCGGUCGCCAAGCACGAGUUCAACGCGACGGCCGACGACGAGCUCAGCUUCAAGAAGUCGCACGUCCUAAAGAUUCUGAAUAUGGAGGAUGAUCUGAAUUGGUACAGAGCUGAGCUGGAUGGCAGAGAAGGCCUCAUACCCAGUAAUUACAUUGAAAUGAAAGACCAUAGUUGGUACUUUGGUAAGAUAACACGAGCGGACGCCGAGAAGCUGCUGGCCAAUAAACACGAAGGCGCCUUCCUCAUCAGGAUCAGUGAAUCAUCUCCAGGAGAUUUUUCACUCUCAGUCAAAUGCUCCGACGGAGUGCAGCACUUCAAGGUGUUGAGGGAUGCACAGGGUAAAUUCUUCCUAUGGGUGGUGAAGUUCAAUUCGCUGAACGAGCUCGUGGAGUACCAUCGCACGGCGUCGGUGUCGCGCUCGCAGGAGGUGCGGUUGAGGGACAUGGUCGCCGAGGAGUAUCUAGUUCAAGCGAUGUACGACUUCACGCCGCAAGAAGCCGGCGAGCUGGAGUUCAAGCGCGGCGACGUGAUCACCGUGACCGACCGCACCGACCAGCACUGGUGGCACGGCGAGAUCGGCAACCGUCGAGGACUCUUCCCCGCCACCUAUGUCACCCGCUAUCACCAGCCGAUUCUAUAAGCGGCGGCGGCACCACCACCGACCACCACAUUUCUACAAACUAAAAUUAGACAACGCAGAACGAAGAAGACCAGACCACGAACGACUGCAGCAACAGCAACAUCAACAACAACAGCAACUGAAACCCUUCUGUUUUUUUUUUAUUUUAUUCUCUUCGUCAUAGAAUUCGUUUUUAAUUAGACCUAUAUUAGAUUAGUGUUGCUGACCGAGAAAUACGUUCUCUCGUGGAUGGACGAUCAGUGCACAAUGCUAACUAUAAGGAUAUCAGAUUAUUGAUUAUGAAUAACGAACGAAUCUUUUAUUACCAAAAUCGGGAGCGGGCGAUGGAUGCACACACACACACACACACAAAAUGAAAAACGAUGCCAUUUUUCGGGGGAUCUUCGCCGCGCCCGCGCGUUUAUUUCUGCUUUUAUUAUCGCUAUACUACGUUUAUUACUCUAUAGAGCUCAUCAUCAUGUUUAUUAUCAAUCGGAUGAUAUUAGAACGGUGUUUUUUUUUUUAUUAAUAUUUAUGUGAUACGUCUUGUAAUCGCGCAUACAAAUUGCCCGUUUCUCGCGUUGCGACAAAUUCUGUAAAUAAGUAACAAGUAAUUAAUUAAUCGUGGCGAAUGCAAUUUAUUGUCCGUUUCGUUGAUUUCGGUUUCUUCUGAAUUCAGUUUGGAUGGAGAUCAAUUAGCGUAUUCUGCGGAGAGUUUAUCGACGUGCCAGCAGUACACACACCACAUCUAUCUUAUCUUAUAUUUAACGAUACAAUACACUAUUUAAUAAUUUUUAAGUCAUAUUUAUACACAACAAUAUCGCUAGUAAUGUUUUUUCGGGGAGGAGGGCCGCAACGCGAUCACGUCAACGUAUAGGCAGAAUAUAUUUUGGCAUUACUACGAAUAUAUUUAUAUUGUAAGUGUUUUUCUCUGCUCUUUGAUUAUAUUUUAUUAUUCGUCGCUUUGUUUCGUUUCUUAUAAAAAAAAAAAGAAAUACCACGAUGACACGGCGUUCCAUCAAUGAUAAUGUGUAAAUACUAACGACUAGAAAUACAUUUUAUUAAGUGCUACGAUUUUAUUUUAGACGAUUCUAUAUUAAUAAAUGAAUUAUAUUUUAAUCUGA